GUGCGAAGGCACUUCCAGUUAGCUUUUUGCCUUUAGGGAAUCGAUGCGAAUUCCUCGAAAAGCUGGAGGGAAACAACAAAGCAUCACCAGGAAGCAGCAGCACUGCCCUUUAACUCGAGCCAUUAGCCUCAUUACUCCAGAAGGGCUCCUGACUGAUGUGAAAGGCUGAAGGAAAGCAUGUCUGUCAAGUCGCUGUGCGUUUUUUCCGCCGUCCUCGUGUUGUGUUGUGUGGGCUGUGAAGCGAACCAGAAAGCGUCACGAGGAGUCACAGUACCUUUCGUGUUUGAUCCGCGAGCGGUGUGCGAGCCUCGGUGCCAGCAUAUGGGGCUCUGCAUCCGCAACAACACCUGCUUUUGUUCCAAAGGCUACAUGGGCGAAUUUUGCCAGUACGCUACCUGCUACCCGAAGUGCAAAAAUGGUGGUGAAUGUCUGAGACCAGGAAAAUGUAGAUGCCUUCCUGGAUUUGGAGGAAGAUAUUGCCACAAAGUAACUUGUGAAGGAGGUUGUCUAAAUGGUGGGGAAUGCAUCUCUGUUAAUGGUGUUGUGAAGUGCCUUUGUCCCUCAGGCUGGAUGGGGUCACGAUGUCAUGAAGCAAUCUGUCCUCAGAGGUGUCAGAAUGGUGGUGUCUGUGUAGCUCCAGGAAUUUGCAGCUGUACUGAUGGAUGGCUUGGAGGAGCAUGCCACACAGCAUAUUGCAAGCAGCUUUGUCUUCAUGGAGGAAAGUGCAUUGCUCCAAAUGUCUGCAGAUGCAGAGAACCCUUCUUUGGACCACAGUGUAAAAAUAAAAGAAAACCAUGAGGACAGUCAAACAGCUUUAAAACAUCAUUUAACAAAAUCAAUAUAUUUUAAGCAGCAAACUUGGUUUUCAGUUUAGAAUAGCUGUUACAGUAUUUAUAAUGAUAGCAUUCUGAGGUCUGUUUGAUAAUUCAUGCAAUACUUUAAGGAUGGAUUAAAAUAACAUAUUCUUAUUCCUUAAUAGCUAUGAUAGAAUUUUGUACUUAUUGUAUAGGUUUUACAUGACUUCUAAACAUAUUAACUCAAUUGUUACAUUAAAAAAUAAAAUAAAAAGUCAAUAACUAUAUCCUUGUUUUUUUAGUGACAUGAUGUGUAUAGCGGUCAAAGAAUAACCUGAAAGUGGUACGUUAAGAAUUACCAAAAAUAAAAACUUACACUUGUCAUGAUAUGCAAUAAAAAAUAGCAUGACUCCACAUAAUCAUUCCUUGUAGAUCCUUGUAGGUCACAAGUGUGUUUCUUAGUACUGGAUUCACAGUGAUGCUAUGACAUAAAUAUUUCUCUGGAAAUGAAAAUAUGGUUUAUAUAAUGCCUUAUUACUUGUACACCUCCAAAAGUAUCACCAAACCUGUUAUUGCUGUAUACAUAUCUGUUCAUUAAGCCUAUAACCCCUUUUCCCCAUACAGUUAUUAGAAAACUGCUGCUCAAGAUAAAAUUGCUCAGGCAUCAGUAACAUGCAUAAAAAAUGCUGUCUCCCAUAGGAAAACAUUGUCAGUGCAGUUUCUAGGUGCAUGCUAACAAUGAUUCGCUUGUGUUGAGAGAUUUCUCCCUUCUUUGAAUUGGUGUGACCUUGGAGCUGGUACACACAAACAUGCAAAUAUAUAAUUUUAGGAGUGCAGGG